GCACAGCUGUUUUGCUUGCUUGCUGCCUACUGGCUUUCCGCCUUGCGUCAAACAAGGACUGCAGCUGGCGACAUGGCUCCACCGUCCCCUAACAUCAAGUACAACCCCAUCGCCUGGUCCAUGUGGGCCAACGUCCUUGGCGUCUACGGAGGCUUUCUGCUGCUGUUGGGCGGCAUCCUGUCCCAGUUUGAUGACUUCAAAGUCAAGGGCAUCGGCACCUUUGCAAUCGUGGCUUCCAUCUUCAUCAUCCUCUUCGAGUGGCCUCGCUCCAAGAGGAAGAAGGGCUACACCAUGCCACGCGAGUAUCAGCAUCUCAUCACCCCAAUCGUGGCCAAGCUCGGGUUCCUCGCAUCAAACUACUUUGCCCGAUUCGUCCUUCACCUCAUGCUGUGCAUCCCCACCUACUUCUCUCUACCGACCAUCGUUGGGGGUGUGACCAUCUCCAUUGCUGCCAUCGUGUACUUGGUUGCCGCCAUCAAGGGGGAGUCGUGGGUUCCGCUUGCGAAAGAGCAGCCGCGCACGCGUCGACCAAAGAUCACCGCGGCCCCAACAAAGGCCCCGCCACGCCGACCACAGCACGCUGAGCGGAAGUACACGGCUGUUGGCGGCGGCGGCGACGAGGCGCCACUGCAGGCAUCGAAACUCGUUCAUGCAACAGCAACAGGGGGCACCACCGUCCAGCGACCCCAUGUUGCCACGCGACCCACCGUUGCCACACGGCCGACAGUGGCAGCCAGGCCCAGCGUUGCGGCGAGGCCCGCACAGCAGAGGAGCAAGUUUGAGGACUAUCCUUGGGAGCAUGCGGUGGACGAUGUGUCUGGUGAAACAUACUACAUCAACACGCAAACAAGCGAAACGUCGUGGGAACCGCCGGAGGACUGGGAAGAGUUUGUUGCGUUCCACAACGGGAAUCCCCCCACGUCCUUUGCAUGAUAUGGACUCGACAACCGCCCACCACAAACACCAUAGUUCCAUCCCCUACUAUCCCCUCCCUUACCAACACCAACGCCCUUGCUGCUUCUGUGUUAAUCUGUGUGACAUAUGUGACAUGCCACACCUGUCCCUCCCCCUUUCCACUUCUUUUCCGCUGUUUUCGUUUGCGCGGGCUGGCUGGCCCAAUUGGCUGUGCACUGGGACUCCAACAUUGCUGCCCACUGCUUGGUGGCUGCUUCUUCUUCUUUUGUGAAUUCGUGCCACCGCUCUCCUGUUGCUGCCAUAACACGCAGGUACUGCCCCCCCCCCCAAACACACACUCACACAUAUAUAGUUGUUGAUUUGCCCUGUUGCCCCGUUUCUCCAGUUUGGGAGAUGUUUUGUAUACUUUCCACGCAUGAACUGCUGCACGCCCACAGGCGAGAACAACAAACGCAA